ACUAGUAUUUUCACACCACUACUGAGCACGUGUCUGAGUUUGGAACUAGGAGUUUUCACUUUAAGGUUGCUGUUUGUUAUCUGACUGUAAAGUGUGUCUGGAGACUUUUGGACAGUUUGAGAUCCUACAGCACAGAAACUACAGAGACCAGACAGACUCAGGGCGACGGCGAGGCGUUGCUUGCCGGUGACGUCACGGCCCGGAGGCAGCCUCGGCCCCGCGCGACGGUGUGUGUGAAUGUGUGUCAGUGGGGGAACAACGGAGACGGGCAGAGAGCGAGCGAGCGAACGCGCGGAGGAGGACCGGCGGGGUAAAUGGCUAAAACCUACGACUACCUGUUCAAGCUGCUGCUGAUAGGAGACAGCGGCGUGGGGAAGACAUGCCUCCUGUUCAGGUUCAGCGAGGACGCGUUUAACACCACCUUCAUCUCCACCAUCGGAAUUGACUUCAAAAUCAGGACUGUAGAGUUGAAUGGGAAGAAAAUUAAACUACAGAUAUGGGACACGGCAGGCCAAGAGAGAUUUAGGACCAUCACCACAGCAUACUACAGAGGAGCAAUGGGAAUUAUGUUAGUGUAUGAUAUAACUAGUGAAAAAUCCUUUGAAAACAUCAAGAACUGGAUUCGCAACAUUGAAGAGCAUGCGUCAUCAGAUGUUGAGAGGAUGAUCCUUGGAAACAAGUGUGACAUGAAUGACAAGAGGCAGGUGUCUAAGGAGAGAGGAGAAAAGCUGGCAAUAGAUUAUGGGAUCAAGUUUUUGGAAACCAGUGCGAAAACCAGUGUCAAUGUAGAAGAGGCCUUUUUAACUCUGGCAAGAGACAUAAUGUCUAGACUCAACAGAAAAAUGAAUGAUGGCAGUAAUUCCGAUGGUGGUGCGCCAGUGAAAAUCACAGAGAAGCGUUCUAAGAAGCACAGCUUCUUCAAGUGUGCACUGCUAUAAUGGCGGGAUGCAUGUGUGGACUCUAGCUGCAUCUCUUUAGCUGCAGAACUGCUCAGCUAAUGUGAGAGCUCAUGUGAGCGUCUUCAGAGAGCUGUGCACUCAGGCUUCUAUGGCACAGGAAGGCUCCUGUUCUUUUGGUCCGAAGGGCAAGUUGGAAAAACAGGAUGCCUAGGUUGGAAAUGUUCCACUGGUUUGUGAAAUGGGUUCCUUUGGAGCAUUUCUCUGUUAGAGAAAGAGAUAAUCAGGAUUUUGUGUUUGGGGUCGACUGCUUUUUGUCAGUUGAUUCCUUAACGUAGGUCAGCAUUGAAGUUAGUUAUACUUUGGCUAGAGCACACCCACCAACAAUGGACAGAAAUGACUGACCAACUGGUGUUUGAUUGUUGUGAGAAUGUAAAAUGUUGUCUCCACUGUUCUCCCUGGAUCCUUUGGGUUCUGGACAGACAGAAACUGCAAACAUGAGAAUGUAUGUUCAUACUUCGUAAAUAUUAUCAACUAUAAAGGGACAUAACAUAUUUCUGAACUGUAUUAAGUAGGAGUGUACAAGUAUAUGUGAAAAUGAUUGUGUUAUUGCGUGUUUUGUGUUAUCUAUCAUUCUAACUGUGCGUUUCUCUGUUGCACUGCCAUAAAAAAAAGGAAACUGUGUAAGAAUAAGGAUAGAAGAUUAUACAGUAUGUAACAUAUUCAGUAUGUUAGUUCAGUUAGAUAUUAUUAAGGGGUUGAGAGCACCUUAAACAUGAUAGGCGGGGCUUGGUUGACUAAGAUUUCUCUCUUUGAAGAUGUCUCUGGGUAAUUCCCGGACACAUACCCAUGUAUAGCACUGACAGACAGACAGAGAGAGACAGAGAGAUCCUGCACUCCGCACUCCCCUCAGUGAGGAGACUCAAAUAUAGAACAUGACAGCUGUAGAGCAUGAUGGGUAAAAGUACACUCACUCUUCGGUCAGCUUAUGUGCCUGCCUGUAAUGGGGCAGUCGGUCAGUGAAGACAAACAGUACAUAAUAUAUCAGAUAUUUUAGGCUGAGUAAUUCUCUAAAAGCUUGUCCACAGAUAAUGGGCCUUUUGAGUAUAGUUGGUGAAGGUCUGCCUGUUGUGGCGAGGAAGCAGUGGGGUGCAUUUGAAAUGUCUCUAUUUGAAUGAAUGUAUUGGAAAGCCACUAAUGCAUGCUUGUAUGGUUGCAUCUCUGUACUUUUUUGUCAAUAUUGUUGCAAUGUGUGGUGAGAGAACAUCACCUGUGCUUGUUGUUGUUUGAUGAAAGCUUAUAGUUAAUUCUGUUUACAAAUCACAUAACCUAUGAUGUAGGCCUGUCACGAUAAUUCCAUAUGAAUUAUUGUUCAAUAUUGUGGAAAUGGCCUAGUUAGUGAUAUUAGUUUUUAUGUUAUUGGCAGGGAUUUUUUUAAUUUUUAUUUAGGACAUUUAAAAAAUAGUCAAAUUACAGUUUAUAAAGAUUAUAAAUAAUUAAAAGUUUAUUUGUUUUUUAAAUGAGUUUAAUUAGUUAAAAUGCUAUUAUAUCGUCAUAGAGUGUCAUUGUCUCUUUGGCAUAAAAUUAUCUUAAAUGAGACGGUAAUAAUAUUGUUUAUCAAAACUAUUUCUGGAACAAUAUAAUUUCUGUGUGAACUAAAUAGUUACCGUGACAGGUCUACUAAGAUGUGUGGUGUGUCACUAGCAGAUUUUAAAGAGAAAAAUGCAGUUGCCAAAAGUCGUGCCAUAGGUUGCAGGUGUUUUUGUCGUGUCCAUGUUUUAAGAGUGAAUUCGUGUCUAUACGUUCUUAAGCCAGUUCCAUGGCACAAGUAGUAGCAUUCAUGCAUUCAUUCAUUCAUUUCACUGGUGCCAGUGGUAUUAGAACAGCUGUCAGUCACUGGUGAGUCUGGAUUGCUCAACUGUUUUAGUUGCAGUUGGUUGCACUUCUGAUUUAGAGGAGGAAACAAGUUAAACGGCAUUAGUCAGCAAUAAAAAGGACCCCGUUUCCUCCUGACACUUCUCCAGCUCAGGCCUUGCAAUUGUUGUCUGUAUGAGUGUUUUGCUGUCUGGAUCUGCAAGGUCAGUUUGACCGACACUGCACUGCUGCCCAGGAAAUACAGACAAAUGUAGCAUAUUUUUCCAACACUGAUAUUCAGAAAAGACAGUUGCUAUGCACAUUUAGUUGUGGCUGCACAAUAUUGGGAAUUUAUUCAUUUUUUGUGCAAUACACAGGGUAGUCAAAAGUCACAGGACACUUUUUUUGCAGAAACGAAAUAUGUAGGCUUUCAAGAUGGUGUCCAUGUUCCAGACAUUCAAUUAUGUAAUUUCCCUUUCUUUUCCUUUUCUUAUUUGUUUCUGAAAUAAAAGGUGACUUUCACCCUGUAUAUUCUGAUAUUAAAUGAUAGAAGAAUCAACCAGAGAUCCAUUGUCACAAAAUUAAUUAUAUUAAUAUUUAAAUAUUUAAAUAAAAGAAAAUAGAGCAGACAUAAGCUGCCUCUGGUAGAUACAUCAACAAUGUAGCACAAAGUCCUACAAUGUGACUUAUUGCACAUGUCCGCAUUUGGAUAACGAAGCUGAAACAAUAUAUUGUGCAGCUCCACACUUAAUUCACACAUAUCUUUGCCAUCAUUGCCCUGAUUUUACUGAUUGGAAUGCUGAUAUUUAUCAGUUUUGUGAUGUGUUGCUCUUAUUAUACUGCCAUCGCCAUCAGUUCAGCAAGGAAGUGCUUUCUUACACGAUCUGCCCAUCUGGUAGGCUAGUGAUUGCUUCCAAAAGAGAGAAAUGUAACCUAGUGUGAUUUUUAUUAACUGUGAACUUUUUUGUACCACAUAUAACCAAAGUAAAGGUUGCAUAAUGCUGUG